UCUGCAAUAUCCGGUGAAUAUCAGCAUCACGGAAUUUCUGAAUUAAUUAUCUGUGUUAUUAUAUGUCACUUUGUGGUGAACUUACUGCGAAAAAAUAUAUUAUUUUUACAGGCACACUAGUGUUAGCUAUAGUUAUUUAUUUGUUCUCAUGCAUGGGUGGUAGUUCAUCGAAGAACAUGAGUAAACCGUACGUGGUCGCUGCGCAGGCAAGGCACACUGCUACUUUGAUAUUCCUGCAUGGUCUAGGAGACACUGGGGAAGGAUGGUCACAAAUAUUUAGGCAGUUGAAAUUGAAGAAUAUAAAAUGUAUAUGUCCUACAGCGCCAGUAAUACCAGUGACAUUGAAUGGUGGGAUGCAAAUGCCUUCAUGGUAUGACAUUUUGUCACUGGAGCCACAAGGGCCAGAGGACGAUGCGGGUAUAAAUGCGGCUGCAAAUUCUUUACGAAAAUUGAUAGUUACGGAGGAGGAGAAUGGAAUAUCAUCAGACAAUGUUAUUGUUGGGGGGUUUUCUCAAGGUGGAGCGAUUGCUCUUUACACAGCUUUAACCCAUGAAAAACCUCUAGCAGGAGUUGUGGGACUGAGUACAUGGUUACCAUUGAAUAAGGAAUUUCCUCAGGGCCUUAAAGUGAAUAGAGACAUUCCUGUGUUUCAAGCUCAUGGUGAACAUGAUCCGUUAGUUCCAAUAAAAUGGGGAAACUUGACAGGGGCCCUUGUGAAGCAGAUGACAACUAAACAUACUUUCAAAGCAUAUCCAAUGAUGCACACAUCGUGCCCGGAGGAGAUGGAGGAGGUGAGAAAUUUUCUUAACUCACUGGCAAAGGAUUGACCCUUUGCCAAGUUAUAGAUAGAUAGUUUUUAGCAUGAAGGAAACAAUACGCACAGAAAUAAGAAAAUUGUCAGCUGAACACCAAACUGUAUAUAAAUAAAGGGACAGAUAACGUAAUUUCACACUGAGGAAAUGAUAUGUUUUACACUUGUUACUUUUGCAAGAGUGGGUCUAGAUUUACUUUUGUUAUUAUUAUAUACAAGAGGUCUGAUGUGGUCAUUGUUAAAUCAUAAUUCACUGUCAUUUACUACUGUAGUUUGGGGUUUGCGAUGUUUUGUUUGGAAAAAAAAGAGAAAUAAAUGUAUUCAUAUGACCUUGAAGUCCGAAAGUGAAUUACUGCAAUUCUGAAAGACAUUUAGUUAAUGUUUUUUAUAUGUAACAGGAUUUAAUUGAUAUGUCACAGUGAAUUUAGUUAAAAUAUCGAACUGCAUGAAACAAGAUAGAGAUUUUUUCUGCUAUGAUAUGUCACACAAGAGCUCUGAGCAUGAGUAGGAGAAACUGUCUGUUAGUAUCUCUGUAAUAAUGUAUUCACGUAACAGGAUAGGGAUGUGAUGGUUUUGUCACCAUAGUGCAAAAAGAGGUUUGCAUUUACAUACACAAGCAAAUAAUCACUUUAUGCACCAAGGGAGACAAUUUACUCUGGUAAGAGCAGUUAACUCUGCAGGUAAGAUUAGCUGGAUCAUUCUGCUCAUACAAUACUGUUUUUAACAAUCUGAUAGCAAUUUUAUAACCAAUAAUUGUUAUAUGUUGUAUUCAGGAAGCAGUGUAGUAUAAAAUAAAAUUUUCACUUUAUUAAAAACCCAGUUUGAACAAAGAAUUAAUCAUAUUGAAAAAUGACAAACCUAAUUUAUUUUUAAAGCAGUAAGUUGUUAUGGCAACCAUUUGUUAAUGUUGGAAUUUGAACAAAAGAAUUUUUUUUAAAGUACUUAAAUUGAUGGAGAAAAUGAGCCUUGUACAAAAUUUUACUUUGAUUUAUAGUGUCGCUAUACUUUCUACCAUAUUGAAACAAUUACAGAUCUGGAUCUGUUCAAACAUGUUCUGUGCUAUUUUUUAGCAUUCCUCUUUUGUAAUGAAAAGUGUAUGAUUGGAAAAUUUGAUACUUCUACGAUUACCUUGGACCUGCUGUUUUGAGCUGUAUUAUUGUGUUACAUGUUGCGUUUUAGCAAUAGCUUUGACUAAAGACAGAAAGACGAAACUUUUAGAUUGCUUAGAUUCUGAUGAAACUGUCAUUUUUUCUACUUGUGAUUUUGUUUCCCAUUAAAGGGGCUUGUCACCUUUUGAACAUCUAAUAUAAUCUUUUAUCAUAAAUCGUAUAUCAGUAUUAUAACAGUUGAAAUUGUUUGGACUAUGAUAUGAAUUUUUACUGUAUGAGGAAUACUGUAGACAUUUUUAGCUCGACUAUUCAUAGAAUAGUGAGCUAUUGCACUCGCCCAUGCGUUGGCGUCGGCGCCGGCGUCCGCGUCCCGAUUUUGGUUAAGGUUUUGUAUGUAAGCUGGUAUCUCAGUAACCACUUGUGGGAAUGGAUUGAAACUUCACACACUUAUUCACUGUGACAAACUGACUUACAUUGCACAGGUUCCAUAACUCUAUUUUGCUUUUUUACAAAAUUAUGCCCCUUUUUCGAUUUAGAAAUUUUUGGUUAAGGUUUUGUAUGUAAGCUGGUAACUCAGUAACCACUUGUGGGAAUGGAUUGAAACUUCACACACUUAUUCACUGUGAUGAACUGAUCUACAUUGCACAGGUUCCAUAACUCUAUUUUGCUUUUUUACAAAAUUAUGCCCCUUUUUCGACUUAGAAAUUUUGGUUAAGGUUUUGUAUGUAAGCUGGUAUCUCAGUACUUACUAAUGGGAAUGGAUUGAAACUUCACAUACUUGUUCACUAUCAUGAUCUGACAUGCACUAAGCAAGUCCCAUAACUCUACUCUCUUUUUUUUUCAAAAUUAUGCCCCUUUUUCGACUAAGCAGUUUUUGGUUAAAUUUUUGUAUGUAAUCUGAUAUCUCAGUAUCCACUAAUUGGAAUGGAUUGAAACUUCACACACUUGUUCACUGUCAUGAUCUAACAUGCACUGUGAAGAUCCCAUAACUCUACUUGGCAUUUUUACAAAAUUAUGCCCCUUUGACUUAGCAGUUUUUUGUUAAGAUUUUGUAUGUAAGCUGUAGAGAUAGUACCUAAGUUUUUCAAAUCAUAGGUUUGAAGUUAAAAAGCUUUGAAAUGAAGACAAAUGUCCAUAUAUUUCUCAAAAACAGAAAUAUAGACAAUAUUUUAACCAGAAGUGCGGAGUUAUGAGCAUUUAAUAUUUUCAUGAUAACGAAAAUUUUGUGAUCAAGGACAUGUAACUCUUCUUGAACAUGGAGAGCAUAAACAUCAAAGGGACAUAAUAUAGUCAAUAUUUUCUAAUUGGGUGCAUUUGAUUUAACAUUCAACUUUGAUCUGGAUUGCUAAAUACUGAUCCAUGAUAUUGUGUGCUAAAAAUUUAGAACAUCUGGAACAGUCUAUUAACAGAAAAACUAUGCUUUAGCAGAAUCUAAAUAGUUAAGCUCUAACUGGGACUCGAACCCAGGACCUCUCACACCUAGGGCAGACACUCUACCACUUCCCUAUAACAGCAGUAGCUAAUAGCUAUGCAGUUUAAUUGCUGGAUUACAUUGCGUGAA